AUGUGGAGGGGCAUACUCGUCAUUCUUGCUUUUCCUUUCUUGUCCUGCGGUGACCGAUUCGCUUGGGGAAGAAAAAUUUGCAAUGUUCUACAGUUCGGAUCGUAUGCCUUGGCCAGCAGUAAGGAAAAUAGGAAGCGCUUUAAAUACGCGGUGGUAGGCAUAAUCGACCCCUUCGACAAAAGCAAAGUCCUAUGGAGUAGGCAGAAAAGACACAAGAAAUUCAACCUACACAUAUUUAAAAAUCUGUAUGACAAAUUUUUCUGCAACAACACCAUAAAAUACAUGCUCAAGUACAAAAUUGUGAGUGGGACGUUGAAGGAAGACUCCAAAGGCGAUGCGAGCAUUUUGUGCGUAAAGGAAAGGGGUCCGUUGUAUCGAUUUUUAAAUAACGUGAAUUUGUAG